AUGUACAACUCUGCUUCGACAAUCGACACUCCUGUAAAGGUUAAAACUGCCCAACCAGUGAGCCAGGAACCUCCUCAAUUUACAUCCGAACGUCUCCUGAUGCGGCCAUUACUCAACUCAGACUUUUAUGCAUGGCACAAACUGUGGCAGGAGGAAGACAACAUCGCCAACGCGGGCUUGGAGGCCAUGGUGCAUGACAAUUUCGCCCGGAUAUGGUUCAACCAGACACGAAAAGAAUGCGCAAAGGUUGGGAUUCUUCGCUGUACUAAUGGAGCAGGAACGUUCAUUGGGGACGGCGGGAUGUACCAGUUUCUCAAUCAAUGGCCUGAAGUGGUUUACUUGGUGGAGAAGAAGUAUCCGGGCGAAGGCUUCUCCACCAAGUCCUUGAAAGCACUUAUGGACGUCUGGUGA